GCUUGUUAAAUAUCACGGCAUUGGCUUCUUAGAACUUUGAGCUGCUCGUUUCCAUUUCUCUCCACCACACAGAAACUGUAUAAAAAUUAGAGACUGGCUGCCAAGCAAUCCAGUGACCUCAACAAUGUCACUUGCAACCAAACUAUCUUAUCCCUACCCGUUCUAUUCUCCUACACGAUACUCUUCCUCUCUUUUUCUUCUCCAUAACCAUAAGCCAAACAUUUCUACUGAUCUAUCUCUGUCUUUUAACCUCGACAAGGCAUGCCACAAGCACCCCCGAAAGUCCGACUCCUUUGGCGUCUCUUGUCGAUUAACAUCUAGUAUCGAGGAGGAGAACGAUUGUAACUUCAAUGAGGCAGUUUCCCUCUUCAACAAACGGGAAUAUUACAAAUGUCAUGACGUCCUAGAAGCCUUGUGGAACCAAGCUGACGACCCUGCAAGAACUUUGAUACACGGCAUUCUGCAGUGUGCUGUUGGACUUCAUCACCUCUUUAACCAGGUCGUGUAAUUACCUUUUCUUUUUGCUGAUUUAAUUUCUUUGUCUUCUAAUGCAUGCUAAUUUGCAUCAAAUAUUUACCUUUGUAGAACCACAGAGGAGCCAUGUUGGAGUUAGGAGAGGGCCUCUGUAAGCUGAGAAAGAUGAAUUUCCAUAGAGGACCAUUUCAUCAGUUCGAGCACGACAUUGCUGCCACUCUCGACUUCAUUUAUCAGACUCAGAUUGAACUUGCUGCCUGUACUAAUGAUCUGUGUCAGACCAUGGACCAAUCCGAAAAUUCAUACCUUCUUCUUGGAAGCUACGCUGCUGGGCAGCAUCUAUAUCAUCUACAAAAUGACCCUACUAAUCAAAUUAUGUACAUUGUAUUCAAUCCUCGAGGAUCCUAUGGAUUUGGUGACCCUCCCAUGGUAGAGCUUCCAAUUCUUAAAGCAACUGAGGAGCAUCUUAGGAUUAUAUAAGGGACUUCUUGCAGAUCCAACCAUCAUAUAGUUUUCCAUUAAAUUUUCAAGUGAAUC